AUGUAUUCAACUUUGGUGCCUGAGUGGCAAUUGGAUUUGCUUUCGGCGGAUUCGUUUCCGAAUGCACCCCAGGUGCAGUCGUACCGCUCGAUGACGGAACACGGCUCACAGAUUUUCUUCGGUGCGCACAUGCCGCUUGCUCCAGCAGGUGCCAAGCAUCAAGGUGCGAUAGACGGCGAGACACCAGCCGUACCUCGUUCCAAGAAGAAGAAAACAUCGCAAAAACCAGCAGCCCAGUCGAGGGGGCGAGGCCACCCUCCUGCCGAUGAGGGCUCCAGGAGGCGGGGUCGGCCGAGGGUGCAUACAGGGGAUGAGACAUCUGCUGAAAUACGCCUAGCGCAGCGGGCAUAUAGACUGCGGAAGGAAGCAGUCAUCACAACACUUAAUCAGCGAGUGGAGCGGCUCGAAUCUACAAUUGAUGAGAUGAACAAGACAUUCCUGGCUUUCAAUGACGAUGCUCUAGCCGCUGGUAUCCUUUCUACACAGCCGGAGAUUGCACAGCGGCUACGCCGGGCCACCCAGCGUUUUCUCGAGCUCAUGUCCGAAGUUUCGCGUGAUUCCGAUGAGGAGGCUCACGGGGAAUCAAAACAAAGCAAUACUACUCCAACAGAUACGAGUGAAACCCAGCCAGCAUCAAAUGCGUCGGGUAUUCUCCCUCUGGAAAGUAGCGGGAAAGUCAGCAAUGCUCUUACCACUUCUCAUGAAAAUAAGGCUGCACCUCAGACAAACAAUCAAAUUUGCCGUCAACAAACGACUAUGGCCGCUAAUUCAGACUCUACCUUGGAAAGCAACACCUUUCCCACUUCUGCGGAAGACCUUCAAUCGCUGAUCUCCUGUCCGUCGCUAUUUCCCCGGGACACUACUGUGUAUCAGCAAUACUCCUAUUGUUUUCAAGAAACUACCUUUUGCCGGCGUCUCCAACGUCGAUGUCUCGAGUAUGGAUAUGCAGCUUUGGUUGACCCGUACGCCAAUCCAGAGGAGCUCCACGAUGCCUUCAAAUUCACGUUCGGCAUUGUUAGCAGGGACAAAUUGGUAGAGGUUUUUCAUUCGCUUAUUCAACGGAAGGCCGGUGAACCGCUCGAACUGUGGAACAAGCCAUUUUUCUACAUUGGGAGUGCAGGUAUGCAUUAUCCUUACCACGAUGAAUUUGGCAACGUGAUUUUUCCGCCGAAUAUGCAUCCUCCAGAGCGAGCACUUGGUCCUUUACCGUUCCAUAGUGCUGAGAGACCACACUCGCACAAAAGCGUCGCAGAACUGAUUGAUGCCAUUGGAUUUGGUGGGGAAUGGUUUGAUUGCCAUGAUGUUGAAGGAUAUUUACUGGAAAAAGGCAUCAAACUCACCAGUCAGUCCUCUUACGCUUACGUUCCAAUUUGGGCCGUUCCCGGCCAGCUAUCCGGUAUCAGCUCUCCGUUAACAAACUCACCAUCGGGGUCUUAUAAUACCGAUACCUCGUUCUUUUCCAAUACAAUCUCUAGCCCAGGGUCGCAACCAGAUUUCCCGUCACAGGCAAUGAAUACUAAUUCAGAGAUUCGCUACCCGUUCCAGAAUGAAGUGUGCUCUCAGAUGCUGGGCUUGCUUGGUCUUGAUCACGACCCAACUCUCCGACUCGGUGGGCCCAUCAAACAGGCAACGAGCUAUCCUACUGAGACAUACGAUGCAUCUGUUACCCUAUCGCCUUGGGUCUUAGACGUUGAUAAAUUCGUUACAUAUUUAUGUCGUAAAGCUGUAUGCCUCGGACGCGCACCUGGACUUCGUAAAAGCCAUGUGGACGACGCACUCUAUACAUCUAUCUGCAGACAAUAUUGA